GGAGAAGAGAUAAGAGAUGAAGGGGGAAGAGGAGGCAGUGGACAAGCAAUAACACACCUUGGUAUAUCUUAGCUAGCCUUGCAUUGCUCAUCAACAUUCUGCCUGCCACAAUGAUGCAACUGCUGCUCCUCACGCUCUCCAUGGCCGUCCUGAGUGCCGGUCUGGAUUGCUCCCGUCCAUUCAAUAAUGUCGGAGAGCGGUGCAUCUUCAUUGACCCCUGGGAAACAGGCACCAUGUCACAAAUCCGGGACGUCUGCAAAGUCUACGGUGGAGAUCUCAUCUGGUUUGACAGUGACACAGAUUGUGAUUUCUAUCGAGACCUUCUGACACACAUUCACGAGAACAGCCUCAACGAGAAGGACUACUGGAUGGGAGUCACAGAUGAGGGCCAUAAUGAAGUUUGGAAGUACUUGAAAAAUAAUCAACUGGUGCGUGAUGGUCCUCCAUACUGGGAUGCAGGCUUCCCUACCAGCUCAACAACAAUGAACUGUGCCAUCCUUGCUGUGAAGAGAGGCUACUACUGGGAGGAGGUCGAGUGUACUGCCAUCCACUCCGCUAUCUGUCGUAAAACCUAGACCUGGCAAUGCUCACCUCUAUAAGGCACCACAUUUCCAUGGUCAUGCAACACACAGCUGCCUUUCAUCCGUGGUCCAAUACAUGUAGCAAAAUCUUGCAUACUGUUACAAAAAUAAAGAAGUAAAAUAUUACGCAAGAUAAA